CAUUUAUCUAGAAGUCCUAAGCAUACCCAACAGUUCCUGAGUAGCAUUAUUGCUCAACAUGGAUGAGGAACUCAACAUGAUGUUUACCCAACUACAAAAGGCAUUAAUGGAAUCACAAUUACCACAAAAUGCAUUCCCAAAGAUACAAAGGGUAGUACAACAUCUCCGAGAUCGAAAACAUUUUGAUAAGUUCUACUCUCCCAGGUUCGUGUCAAUUGGUCCAAUCCAUCAUGGCGCAAAGAACCUGCAACAGGGAGAAAAAUACAAGCUUAUGUGGGCAGCAAGGUACAUUGAACGCACCGAUCAAACUGCACAAACUUUGUACCAAAAGAUUGCAUCAUAUAUCAAAGAGCUGAAGGAACUAUUUGCUGAGGAUGUCGUGGCAGACCUCCAUGAUGAAAAGCUAUCGCGGAUGCUAUUUGUGGAUGGAUGUGCUCUUCUACAAAUCUUGGAGAAGGGAGGAAACCUUGAUAAACCAGAAGAGUUGCUAGUUAAGGUUGACCAACUUGUUCUUGUGUGGCAGGAUGUGCUCUUGUUAGAGAACCAGCUUCCCUAUAUACUGCUGAAGAUACUCUCGCCAUAUAAUGAUGCCAAACUAUUACAAACCAUGAAAGUGUUUCUCAAGUGGCAUCAUUUGUCGCCAAUCACACAUGACAUCGACACGGAAAAACAGUCAGGAUACAGACUAGAAAUAGAGGAGGAAUCACCACCUAGUCAUCUUCUUCAUCUGCUGCGCGACUUGGUCCUUAACGACCCUCAAAAGGAGUACAAGCAGAAAAGCAGAUACAAGAAUAGACGAGAGCAGGCGUACAAGACAAAUAAAGUGUUGAACAGGGCAAUAUACAGGAACAUAAAGGAGUUGAAAGCAGCAGGGAUUAGAGUGAAGAAAAGCGACUCGAAAGGGCUUAGAGACAUCUCUUUCUCCUAUGGUUUCUUCACUUUCCGUGCGGAACUUAAGCUUCCUGAGAUCAUAGUCGAUGAUAGCACAGCUCCAAUGUUUCUGAACCUAAUAGCGUACGAGAUGUGUCCAGAUUUCGAGAACAGCUACGAGAUAUGUUCCUUCAUGUCCAUGAUGGGGUCGUUUAUUGACCAUCCUAAUGAUGUUACGGAGCUGAGACAAGCCGGGGUGUUGCAAAAUAUGCUUGGGAGUGAUGAGGAAGUCACAAUGCUCUUCAAUGCCAUAAACGCUGACUUGGUGCCUUACACUGAGAACUAUUUGCAUGUUAGACUCCAAAUUGAGAAGCAUUAUAGGAACAAAUGUAAGACGUGGAUAGCUCUUGGUUAUCAUACUUAUUUUAGUACCCCUGGGACAAUCAUUGCUUUCUAUGCUGCUGUUGCUGCUCUUGUUCUCACUUUCAUCCAAACUUUGUGUGCUGUCAAACAAACAUAAAUUAAUCACCAUUCCAGGAAAUUAUUUUUCUCCUUUUCUCUUCCCUUUUUCUCUUCUUUUCAUUUCAAAAAUAAUGUUCCUUUUCCUCAUUGGUUUUCUGGUUGGAGCAUCAUAGAAAAGACGGGUGAUUUCUGUCUUUUAACGAAGUGACUCCUUACCUAAAGGCAUGUAUUUGUGUAUGUUUUGUCUCAGCUGUGUGGUUCGAUGUGGUAUUGCAACGAAUCAAUCUGUACUGUUUGUGUACGAUUGGAGUUUGUAAUCAAUGAGAAAAGCUUGAA